AUGCCACCAGCAAAGAAGAGAAAGACCCGAGCGUCUGCCAAAAAGGAAGAAGAAGCCGAGAAAGCCGAAGCUGCAACAGUAGAUCAACCUGCACCAACAGAACCCGAACCAGAAAAAACAAUCAACCCCGAGCCGGAAGCCGAUGCAACAGUGACUGCCUCCGAGCCUGCGGACACAACCACCGCAGCAUCAUCAUCUACGGAGAAUGACGCGGCAGCCAGAGCCCAAGAGCGUAUGGCCCGCUUCAAAGCCCUACAAGCCCGCGCGAAAACAUCGGCAGAGAAGAACCACAAAGAAGUCACGCAUGAGGCGCAACGUCUAGCCACCGACCCCAACCAGCUCACUGCGAUCCGCCGUAAGCACGCGAUCGCGUCGCACAAGCUGCUCAAAGCGGAUGUUGAGGAUGCCGGUGGCGACUUUGAGCGCAAGCGGGCGUGGGACUGGACCGUUGACGAGAGCGAGAAGUGGGACAAGCGGAUGAAGAAGAAGGACGCGCACCGCGACGACAACGCCUUCCAGGACUACCGCCGCGAGUCGCAGAAGGUGUACAAGCGACAGCUCAAGAAUAUGGCGCCGGACUUGGAGCGAUACACGAAAGACAAGCUGGCUGCGAUCGAAAAGGCGGCCGCGCAAGGAAGCCUAGAGAUUGUCGAAACCGAGGACGGAGAAAUGAUCGCUGUUGACAAGGAUGGCACAUUUUACUCAACGGCGGAUAGCACAUCUUUUGCGGAGAACAAACCCGACAAGGAGGCCAUCGAUCGCUUGGUCAACGAUAUGAAGAAGGCAGACGCGGUGGCAGCGAAGAAGAGGCGGGAGCGGAUGGCAAAGAAUGGAGAUGAUGCCGACGUCACAUACAUCAACGAGAAGAACAAGCAGUUCAACCAGAAGCUUGACAGGUUCUACAACAAAUACACGGCGGAGAUAAGAGACAGUUUCGAGAGAGGCACGAUGAUAUGA